AUGAAUAAGAGAUACAAGCAGAAGGAAAUAAAGAAGUGUUUGCAGAAUAAUAAAGUUACUUUGGCUGGCUUAAUUGAAACUAGAGUGAAAGAGAACAAUACUAGGGAAACAGUUAAUAACAUAGCUGCAGGAUGGAACUGUUUGAACAACUACAAAAAUGCAAGGAAGAGUUUGUGGAGUGAUAUGAUCCAGAUAGGAAAAAGUGUUAACCACCCUUGGAUUAUUGUGGGAGAUUUAAAUGCUAUGUUGUCUCCCAAAGAUAGGUUAGCUGGUGUUCCUGUCAAUGAGAAUGAGAUAAAAGAUUUCUCAAAUUGUGUCAAGGUCAUGGGACUUAAUGAGAGUGGUAAUGCAAGGAUCUCAAGCAGGAUUGAUAGAGCCUUUGGGAAUGAGGAUUGGAUGGAUGAAUGGGGGCAUGUCAUACUAGAAUAUGGCAAUCCAGGGGUCUCAUAUCAUAGUCCAAUGCAUUUGAUACUCCAGCAAAGUUAUCAGCAAAUAAAAGUAAACUUUAAGUUUUUUAAUAUAUGGACUGAACAUGAAUCCUUCUUGGAUCUUGUGGAGAAAGUGUGGAAACAGGAGAAAGGAAAGGACUCAAUGAAGAUGGUGUGGAACAAACUGAAGGCCCUUCAACAUGUCCUAAAGCAGUUUAAUAAUAGAGAGUUCAAAUUCAUUAGCAAACAGAUUGACGAAGCUAGAACUGAUCUUGAAGAAGUGCAAAAUCAGCUCAGUAAUCAAGCAAAAGAUGAUUUAAUAGGUAAAGAAAAAGAACUCCUUACAAAACUUGAAAAAUGGUCUAUGUUAGAAGAAAAUGCACUCAGGCAAAAAGCAAGAGCAAUGUGGAUUAAGUUGGGGGAUGCAAACAAUAAAUAUUUUAGCUCAGUGAUAAAGGAGAGAAAUAAUAAGAAGCUCAUCAGAAAUUUGAUGUCCUUAGAUGGAAGGAUCUUUAUGAACCCCAAGAGAUCCAGAAUGAAUUUGUCUCUUUUUAUAAGAGCUUAA